AGGCGGACGAAAAAGCCACCUCUUCCGGGGGUCGGAUGGGUUGCAAGGAGAUCCCACCCCGCGAUCGCAAGCCCCUCUCUUCUCGCCCCUCUGAGUCCCUUCGCCCGCGCCCAAGUUCUCUCGGUUUCGGGGAAGCCGGGACUCGGAGAAGGACGAGCUGUAAAACUUUCGGCCCCUCCUACGCCGCCUGGGGCGUCUGCUCUCAGCCGUUCCCCGGCCGGCCGGGUUAAUUCCCUCGGUGGUGAUAUCAAAACUGAACAUAACGACAGAUGGCUUCCCUUGGUGGCUCAAGGAACUGCAUUUUAAGUCGAUUGGCAUCUUCAAUUAGUUGGGGAAAAUGCAUUAAUCCUUAUACGUUUUCCAGUAAAGCGUUAAAUGGACCCCAGCAUCAACUGACAAAAUGCCAGGCAUGGAAUAAAAAGAACAGCAUUAGAUUGUAUCUGGGGAAUGAAAAUUCCAGAAUCAACGGAAAUGUCAUGAAUAGAACCCACAGAUGGCUUCUGAAUCCUAAAGAUGUAGGAAUAUCUUCAACUAGAUGCAGCUAUUUUAGAAGGCCUUGUAUUCACACUCAGCAAAAGGCAAGGAGAAAAGAUGUAUUAUUUGGAGUAACUAUGUCUCAAAAAUUACAAGACAUUGCUAUUCAGAACAUCCAGGUCUUCAGAUGUUUUCAUGGAUCAUCAAUACUGCAAGCUGCUCCAGCUCCACUCUUACUGAUGAUCUUGAAGCCAGUGCAGAAGCUUCUUGCUAUCAUCCUUGGGAGGAGCAUAAGAAAAUGGUGGCGUGCACUUCCUCCAAACAAGAAGGAGUUAUUUAAAGAAGCUGUGAGAAGAAAUAAAUGGAAGAUAGCCUGUGGACUUACUAGUUUAGGAGUUGUGUUUAUCAUUUUUUAUUUUACUCAUUUGGAGGAGACACCAAUAACUGGACGCACUCGGCUUUUAGUGUUUCACAAGGAUCAAUUUGCAGAAAUGACGGAAAUUGAGUAUAACAUGUGGCUGCUAGAAUUUAAGAACAAAAUGUUGCCAGAAACAGACCCCCGUUUCCAGGUGGUCAAGAAAACUGUUACACAUUUAACUGAAAGUAACAAGGAUGUUCCAGAAUUCUCUGAAUUUACAUGGACCAUCCAUGUGGUAGAAGAGCCGAAUAUUAAUGCUUUUGUACUUCCAAAUGGACAAGUGUUUGUUUUCACUGGUUUGCUAACUGCUGUGUCAGAUAUCAAUCAGCUUUCAUUCAUUUUGGGACAUGAAAUUGCUCAUGCUAUUCUGGGACAUGCUGCAGAGAAGGCAAGUCUGAUGCACUUCCUGGACUUCUUCUCAAUCAUUCUUCUCACCAUAAUUUGGGCUAUCUGUCCUCGAGACAGUUUAGCUGUGAUAAGCCAGUGGAUCCAGGGCAGGAUUCAAGAGUUACUUUUUGAUAGGCCAUACAGCAGGACUUUAGAAGCUGAAGCUGACAAAGUUGGACUUCAGUUUGCUGCUAAGGCUUGUAUAGAUGUAAGAGCCAGUUCUGUCUUCUGGCAGCAAAUGGAACUGGCUGAGAUUUUGCAAAACCAGCCCAAAUUACCAGAGUGGCUUUCUACACACCCAUCACAUGGGAAUCGAGCUGAAUAUUUGGACAGUCUGAUACCAGAGGCACUUAAAAUAAGGGAAAGUUGCAACUGCCCAUCUUUGCCUGGUCAAGAUCCCCGUCUUACGUUCAGACUGGGUAUGCAGCAUCUCAUUCAAGCAUUUGAAGACAAAAAAGACCCAAAUAUCACUCCUCAUGAUUCUGCCCUCACUAAAGUUAAGCUUCCUUUCACUAAAAUGGAGACAGAGCCGGUAGACAAUGUUGCUAGAAAAUAACACUCAGGGAUGAAAGCAAAAAUAAUUCUGGAUAGUUUUAUCCAAAUGUUCAUCACAUGGUGGAUCGUCUGCCAUAAAUGUUUGUGCAAAUGUUUGACAAUAUGAAGAGACAGAUGUGAAUCAUUUUUUUCAAUCCUAAUGUGGAUAAGAAACAAUGUUUGGAUGGAUUGGCAGAAGAUGGCUUCUUAUACACAGGGUUGUCAUUCAUCCUUCUUUGGAGAUUCGUGAAACUCUUGCUUCCAUAGAAGCAUGGAUUACACUUACAAAGCAGUAUACCUACCAGGGGCUAUAACCACAAAUCCUCAAAGACUAAGAAAUGAUUGUCCAAUUUGUUCUUGUAACAAAUACCCGAUAUUUAUAUUCCAUUAUAAUCUCCAGCUUUAUUUCU